GGGAACAUUACCUCACGUCAGAAGUUGAAUCCCGAAAAGACACUCCGAAAGACUGAAAAGAGGGAGAAGGGAUGAGGAACACCACGCGCCGCCGUCCAACUGAGACUUUCAACCCUCCACCUCCAACACCGGUAUCGCGCGACUCCGAUGCAAGUUUCGCCAGUAGCCGUCCCUCUUCUAUCGGCAUCGGCCGCUCCUUUUCCGGCGUAGAACCCUACGCCGACCGCUCUUACCAGUCUGCCGCCCUCCGCUCCAUCAACUCUUUCCUCUCCUCCCAUUCCCUCCCUCCUCUCUCCUCUAAACCGUCCCAAGUGCCCUCGCUGAAGGAGAUCUCCGAUACUCUGAAAUCCCUUCUCUCCCUCCUCCACUUCCCCUCUUCCAAACUCGAAGAUGACCUCUUUUUCCUCCUCAAAUCCCUCAAUUGCCCGUUCAAAAUCAACAAAUCUAUGCUCCGUGCUCCCAAUACGCCUCAUAACUGGCCUAAUUGUCUUGCUAUCAUUCAUUGGCUGGUCCAAAUUACUAUGUAUAAUGAGCAUUUGUCACAGAAUUCUUCUUUCGCUGCAAAUGACAGCAUGAACAAGUACGCGUUGGAGAGCUAUAUGCGUUACAUUGGCGGAGAGGACGAUCUGGUGGAUGCAUUGGACCGCGAGUUCAUGGAGAAGAUUGAGAAGGAAAGAGAGGAUGUUACAGAAAUGGUGAAGUCGUUGAAGAGUAAUGCUGAGGAGUUGGAGGCAAAGGCUGAGAGCUUGAGGACUGGUCCAACGGAUAAGGAAGCAUUGGAGAAUAAGAAAAGCGAGUUGGAGGAAGAUGUGAACAAGUUCCAUCAAAUCAUUGCCGAGUUCACGAGGUUUAUUGGGGAAAAAGAGAGGGUUUUGGACGAGAAAGAGAAGGAAUUGAGUGCCAAGGAGGGGGAGAGGAUGAGGAUCUGCGAGGAGAACGAGGAGCUGAAGAAAAGAGUUGACUUACAGACUUUUAAUGCAAGGGAUGUGGAGAGGAUGAAGAGGGAGUUGCAGUCUUUGGAGAGGGAUACUGGGGAGGCCGAGGCUGCCAGGAACUUGUGGGAGGACAAGUCUUGGGAUCUUGAUUCCACCAAUGGGCAAAAGUUUAAGGAGCUUCAGGCACUUGCCAUGGAGUGCAACCAGUCUAUUAGGAGGUUAAAGCUUGGUAAUGAUUUUCAGUAUGUACUGAACGCCAAGGGCUCAACGCCUGCUGAGGUGAUGGGAAUUGACUACAAAUCUACAAUUAAACCUGAGCUUGAAGGCUAUGGUGAAAAAGUAAGGGAGAGCUAUACAAAAAAGCUUGAGGACUUGAUUGUUGUCCAGCAACAGUCAAAGGAUAUGGCUACUAAGAUUGAGGAAAAAAAGAAUCACAUUGCUGCCCUUCAGUCCCAUAUUGAUGAAGUGGAAGCCCAAGUGAAUUUGUUAAAGAAGGAAAUGCAGGAUUACACUUAUAAAUGUGCAGCAGAAGCUAGAAAGAUGGUGGAGGAUGUUCAGAUUGAGGCUCAUAAUUUAGACAUUGUGGAAAGAGAAGCAGCUGAGGUCCUUAAGGCCUCCGAAUUGAAGUUGCAGGAAGCAAUCAAACAAAGCGAAGAAGAAAUUCAGAUGCAUGCAUGCAAACUCUUUGCACUGGUUGAUUCAGUCUCCAAAUACAAAGAGUACAUGGAAUCCAAAAUUUCAGAGAUGAGGACCAAAGUCUCAGAAACCGCCAUUGCUGUAUCAGAUGCUUACAAGCGCUCCUUACCAGCACAAUUUGGUAACAAUACUGAUGCAAGCCACUAACUUAAAUACACAUUGUACAAUCUUUCACUGCCUAUCCCUUCUGUUUGUAAUCAUGGCACUAUUUUCCCCAUGGAAGAUAUUGUCCAGAAACAGCCAUGAAAUUUAAUUUUCAUCCCCCUUUGUAUGUCCUUUAUGUAUCAUUUUAACUUUGUGAAAUCAGUUUGAAAUGUUGGGUUUUACACAAUCUGAGUAAAUUUACAAUCUCUCA